ACGACAAUGAUGAAGAUGAGUUUAAGACAGACCAGACAUUCAAUUACUACACUUCAGUGCGCAUUCCUCCUGCAAAAUGUCUCCAUAUUUUUGCACCUGGUUUAUCAAACACUUUGUUUAAUGCUAAUAAAAAGCCAGUGACUCUUUUCUUUGUUUUCUUUGUAGUUAUUUAGUGACUUGCACAAUGGCAAAGCGAUGUUUGAUUUAUCUAUAGACGACAGUUGUAGCGAUUGCUACAAUAUACGCUUACUAAAGGUAAGUGGUAAGUGUAUUGAUCAAACGAUAUGAAUUCCCAAGCUAAGUUUAAUCGCUAUUUUUGAGGGCCAAAUUUAUAAAUUCAUCUAUUCAUGGUUCCGCCUGUAAUCUACUUAUUCUUCAAAUAAUUUACUUUGGGAAGGUUCCUCUGACUUCUGUUUUUCUAUCUCCAUACAUGUCUACCUACAUCUCUUUAUCAAUUUGUGUCUGGCUGUUUACCGACCUUACUGUCCAUUUUCCAGAUUAUCUUACUGUCUGACUGUCUUAGGACCCAUUUAUAUGGUCUCGGGUACCCAAACAACCUCCAUCCCCUCUUCGAGUUACCUUUGCUGAGCGAACUUUUAACUUAUUUCUCUGAAAAACUCAACCAAACGUUUACAUAUAAAUGGUAAACUCUUCACGGGGGACGAGACUACUCUGGGGGGCAGGUCUUCUCGCCUUGGCAGGAAGGGUAAUACUCUCAGGCGGGACGACUUAUGUCAUACUGAAACACUUCAGAUCGCCUACCUGAGACGAGAAGGCUCAAAUUAUUUCCAGAACCUGUGUUUUUCGGUGAGUAAAGAGGAUGAUGAGGGGACAGUUGUUACAACUCACAUUUCCGUAUGAACACUCUCUAAAGUUAUUUCGAGGCAAGGGUUGCCUCGGGUCAGAGUCUAACACAGUUCAUAUUCUCACUUCUGACCGUCCGAUUUUCUAACUUUGUAACUUGCUGUUUCAAAAGUUUCUUACUGUUUAACCAUCUGAUUGUCUGACUCUUUACUCACUGACUAUAAACUGUCUGUCUGUUCACCUGUAUUCCGGAGUAUAUUGAGAUUACUUGUUUUAAUUUUCUAUUUUAGAUGUACAUUGAGCUCUACGGGAAUGGAUCUCAAACCAAAAACAACCUCCCGGAAAGAGUCUACCUUGGGUUAAAACAUUCGACAGGAUCGUACUUUAGAGAUGGAAAUGGAGCAGUGAGGGAAUUCCGACAGCCAUUGACAUUACAGCAUAGAACGCUUAAGUUCAACCGCUUUGCAAUAACUGAUACAGCUAAAUGUGUAGAAAUGCAACUGGCUGGAAACGGUGGGCAUUUAUGUCAUACUUGGUCGUUUAUAUCCAGUCUAUUGGAAAAUGAGGGUCUUUUUUAAUUCAGCAUUGAAAAGAUCGAAGAGCUGUGUAAUAAACAUUAUUCAAUAAUGAUAUACCGAGCAAUCAGCACGCAAACGUAUACCUUAACGGUUCCUUUAAUGGUUUGACGUACCUAACACGGUUAAAGAUCCUUGGAGACAGUUUUCAGUGGUUAAAUGUGGUCUAACUUAGAAGUUCCUCGGUGCUUGCUUAAAAACAUUUAACAACCAAAUUUUUCUUUGAGUUUCUCUCAUUUUAGUCAUCACCAACAGUACACAUAGGUAUAAAAUGUUGUGUUUCCCCUCCGGUAAUUCUGAGGCUAACACGAAUGAAGAUUUCAGAGUCAGACACAAAAACCGUUCGGCUUAGAUAAGAUUUUAGCCAACACAUCAGAGAUUAAAUAACAAUGUAAAUUACUCUUGAUCAAUUUAUGAUUCAUUGAUUUGCGGUAUUGAACGUAAAACAUACAGUUAUCAACCCUUUACACCCUUAAGUCAGUAUACAUAUCCUCCAUAAUGUUUUAUAAAAAUGUUUCUUCAACAAACAAGAGCUUCUUUAGUUAGUGAACAUUUCCUCUGAUUCUCGUCACCUGUGUGAUACAGGGGUGAUAUUGUAAAGAGGAAUUACUGAGAUGCCAGUCAUUCUUAGGGGUUAAUGGGUCAAUAAUACCUUCAUGAAACUCACCUUCAUGACUGUGAUCUUCCAGGGGAUUCUUCUUUCUGUUUGGGAGAAGACGACGUACGGUUGGUACCAAUGUGUUGCCAUUACCUCAGCGGUGACUCGUGUAAAGACCGACUCGGCGGAGGAAAUGAGUGCCAGAGUCCAUUUGGAACGUACGAAUUGACUAUACCAAAAGACGAUCAACUUAUUUGUUCAACAGGAGGUGCACAAAUAACGGACAAAAACUGCAAAGAUUUUGAUGUGAGUCUCCGCAUAUUAAAUAUUUAAUUAUAAUUCUUCUCUUUAAUUUUUUUAUAAAUGGAUUUUUCCUUCUUUCUUGUGGUUUACGCUGGAUGAAGUUUUGUCUUCAGGCAAAUUGACAAACGGUGAUAAGUUAUCGCUUAACACUCAUCCAAUCAUUAACCCGGUCUCUCAGUAAUUGCAAAGCUAGGACCAGAAGAUGUUGAUUAAAAAAUUAAUUCAUAUGAUUUCUCGAAUGGCUGCCUGAUGUGUUCAUCGGCAUCUUUUAGGUACCACAGAACUUCGGCGUAUCAUAUGUGAGUAGCGUCUGAGUUCCAACUGGGAAAUGUACUCACAUUUUUCAAAAACAAGUUGCCAUCGUGGUUUUCCGUGCUCAUACCAAGCAAAGUGUUAGCGUUACCACGUUGUUGUUUUGCAGAGGACAGAAGAAGAAAUAAACAAAGUUUUAGAAGUUGCUGUCGCCGUCGUGAUUUGUUUAAGGUUUCCAAUAAUGACAAAGAGAGAGAGCCUAAAAUAAACGAAAAAGUAGUUUUAGAAAGAGCAGCGUGAAAUCUCUUUGAAAUAAGACUUAAAUUAGCUGACGCAGGAAGCGAGUACAAGGUAGAACAUAACGCGUACAUUGUUUUAAAUUAGAGGCAUCUGAUUUUCAUAGUUUUAUUUCUUUUUCUUUGAAAGCGUACCAUUUAUACCCAUAUGAACAUCUGGGUACUCAACUUGCUCUGGACCGGUCAGUAUCCCACAACACCAGACGAUUCUAGAUGUGGCCAUUCUGCUCUUACGAAGUCUGCUGUGAGGCGCCCCCCCCGAAGACAAAGUUUUAAAAAAGUUUGA